AUGAAACAUAAUGAGGACGAUGGCGAUGGUAACUUAUUUUCAGACGUUUAUCUUAAAGGGUGUCAUGAAGACUGUACUGAAAUAGAUGAAUUUGCUGGAGGAUGUUUCCAUUUAGGCAAAAAAGUUGAACAAUUUCUCGUCGAUUAUCUUCAAACUCUAAAAAUUAGCCCGAAACUUAUGAAUUGCACCAUCACCGACCAUCAUGCGCUGCAUGAUAUAAUCGUUAUCAAUUCAAAAAAUUUGACAAUAAUCGAGGCUCCACAUCUGAGUUCAAACUCGACUGACCUAACCGUCAGUGUGGUCGUCUACCCGCUAGAAACCGGCCAAAAGUUGAUUCUCUAUUUCAGGCUAAUAGAGGCACCAAAUAGCUUCUUCAUAAACGGUGUAACAAAAGUUAUAAAUGGCUUUCUGCUACUGAAAUAUGAUAUCAGUGGUCCAAGAACCUUCACUGACACCCCAGACGUCAAUCGAUCACUGAACAUUCUACUAGCUGCAUAUUUUGACGACACGGAAUAUAACCUGACUGUCUACAAAAUCAAAAUGAAAAAUUACUUCAGUCUAAAAUACGCCGCUUUCGACAGUCUAAAGGCCAAAGUAAAGCAAAGAAUAACUUGCCUGAGUGUUGGCUAUCCGCCUGCAAACAGAUGGCUUUGGGAAGUGAAAAAUGUAAGGGGUGAAAUGGUUAAAAGUGAAAUUUUUCAGACCACCGACGAAUCAAUAGUCUUUUUCUCGAAAGGCUAUUAUGUGGUAAGCUGUACGGCUAUCAACCAUAUUGGAGAAACUAUGGUGGCAGCCACAGAGCAGCUCUCUAACUCGUCGCCGAUAUACGCCGUCUUAAUCAUACCAAUAUUGGCCACUUUGGCCGCAUGGAUUUACAUCACCAGAAAGAAAGCAGCAGAUAAAAACUCCGGCGCUGGCGCAACUUUUCCACCGGUGCUGAAUGGGAUGUUGAACGAGUCGGCCAAGCAGUCUCCAGGACCAUCAGAAUGGACAAAUCCGGGAAAAAGGAUCGAUUCCGUCCUCUCUGAAGAGGUAAAGCAGUCUCCAGAACAGUCGGUAUGGACAAAUCCGGAACGUAAGAUGGAUUCCGUCUUCUCUACAACGUCAGACGUGUCUAGCUGA